UGGGGGAAGGUAUUGAAGUAAUUAAUUCUUACCGUGAUGUAAUUAAUGUUUUUGCACUAAGUUUGUGUUGCCCUCCCAUCGUGAUUAGCUACUCGUGGCAAAUUGAAACCUUUACUUCUAGAAGGCUAAUAGCCUACGUUUGAAUUCCUGCCCGAAAGGUAAAACAAUACAUCUUGACCCGGUCUUAUCGGAUGGUUGCUUAUCGGUUACAUUGGCAAAGAUGAUUUAAAAGCAUCGCAAUCCCCCCCUAUUAACUUCUUAUCGUGUUGCCUCUCUGCCAAAGGUGCAAAAUAAAACUUUUUCUGGUAGUGGUUUAAAGAUAAGUUUUUCAACCCAACACGAAUGAACUCUUUGAGCGACCGUCAAAAUGCAUCAAGGGAACACAAAAUAAACGGCGCUCACGCAUGUCUGUUAUCGCGAAAGAUAAGGCAGGAAAACAAAUACUGAUUCCGUUUUGGCACUAGCUUCUGUUGCACAUUUGCCGAUGCGUCUGGUGCACUGAUGUGUGAUUCACGUGCUACAACGAGGGGGGUGGGUGUCAGAUUUCGUUAUGCUCGUCCAGUCGGAAGUCGAACAAAGCGGUACGAACUCGCUUAGUCAUUUAAUGAAAUCGCAAAAUGUGACCCAUCCAAACAGAUGGGUACAAAUGCUGGGUACCGUUGACGGAAAUGUUCGCCAAAACGGAGAUAAGCGCUGAUGGCCGAUGAGAGCGAGAGAAGACGAUCCACUGUCGUGUGUAUUAAAUAGAAUCAUCGUGGAGCACGCAUAGAAGAGGAGCGUUUCUUGUGGAGGGAGUCACGGGCAACAUAAGACCUCUUGUGGUGAAACUGGUUCUGCAGUGUGGAGGUCGCUAGAAGCGGACAGUUGCGCUAAACCAUUCCAACUGGCAGCAUGGCGGAAAGCUUCGUGGAAGCCGAUCAGCUGUUUGCUGAGUGCAAGUUUCGCGAGUCAUACGAGGUGCUGCUGAGCAGGAAGCACAGUAAGGACACGGAAUAUGAGACGGUAUGGAGGCUGUGCCGCGUCAUCUACUCGAUCGUACGCGAGCUUGCCGUUGACGAGAAGAAAGCUAAAGAGCUGCAUGCGUUCAUAUACGAAGGUUUUGAGUAUGCGAAGCAAGGUCUUGCCAUGGAACCAACUGCGGCUUCCGCUCACAAAUACUACGCCAUAUUUCUUGCGGAAAAGUCCGGCAUCGAAGGGCUUAAGGAGCGUGUCCUACAGCUGAGCACGGUAUUGCGCCAUCUGCGCCAGGCAACCGAACUGGACGCAAAUGAUCCAUACGCGUGGUUUGUGCUCGGUCGGUUCUAUCACAAGCUGGCCGGAUUGGCCUGGUUUCAGAAGAAGAUGAUCCACACCUUUACCAACGACAUACCGGAUGCGUCGUACGAGGAUGCGUUAGAGUAUUUUUUGUGUGCGGAAAAUAUACAACCGAACUUUUUCCCAUUAAAUCAUCUCAUGCUGGGCGACACGUACAUUGCACUGAAGGAACCGAAGAAAGCUCGUCCAUUUCUCGAACUAGCAGCAAAUCAACUUGCUCCACGUACGGCCGAUGAUCGGGAGGCACAAAGGGAAGCUGAAGCACUGCUUAGGAAGCUCUAGAUGGCACGCGAACCAAAUCUCAACAAUGUUAUUUCUCUCUUUCCUCGCAAUAAAAAUAAUACAAACCGAACCACACUCCAGAAUCUAUUCGCCUGUCAGGCGUCUUAUCGCACCGGUACGAAAUGUAAAGUAGCUGAAAACGGAUGUAUUGGACGGUGGUGUGAACGCGCAAAACAUAUUCUGUCUUGUGGUAGCUAAUGAACGAUAAGAAAUAAAAACACAAAAGGUAGUGGUCGUCGUAUUA